UGACAUUCAUUUUUUUUCUUUUGACACCUUGUUUUCCUGCUCUGUAAGUAGACUGCUCUUGGCCUAAUUUCUUACUAAAGCCAUCAUAAAUAUUUAUCCUGAAUUUAAAAAAAAGAGGGAGCAAAAAUCCUUCAGUGAAUGCUGCAAAUUAACAUUCAAACACCAUAGAAUCGUAGUCGUGGCUUUGGAAGGGGCCUCAAGGAUCAUCUGGUCCAUCCAGAUGCCUUCAAUGGAACAAUGGUGAAGAGUGUCUCCUCCCUUUGAGAAGAGAGAAGUAGCAUCUAUGAUAUGGCAUUUCCUUGGCAUUUUCCAAGGCAUGGUUCUAGUGAGGAAGCCUGGUUUAACAUAGCAAAUUACACACAAGUGUUUCCAGGCUUUAUGGCUCCCAUACAGUGGAGAGCAGAAGUUGAUUCUGCUAAUGUUCUACAGCUUUACAAUAGUGAUCCUGGAAUUGGCUGGAUCAAUUCAAAACUAUGGGUUAGUCAGCUUGUGUACCAAGUGAUCACACUCGAAACACAAGGAGGAGAAUGUGUAGAACAAACCAGACUUGUUGCAUCAAAAUCACAGAUGAUAACAUGCUUCACAGUCUGGGAAUACCUUCAUUGUAUGGGUGGCACUGUGUUUAUUAAAGUGGUAGUCCCUGGCACUCCAGUGUAUGUUGAAGCUAUUAGAUCUGUCAGAAAAGAGCUAGAUGUUCUGUUUGGACAUAAGUGAAAGCUAGCACCCAGACAAUUUCCUAAUCUAGCUACAGCAGCAGACUUCUGGUCAAAAUGCUAUACAAACACUACAGGUGCAUUUAGAGCUCCUGACAUUGUUCCAGGAGCAGCAGACAACAUGGAUGUGCUUCAGACUGCCAUGGCAAGGAGAGUCAUCAGGACUCAAGCUGCCAUGGGAGAUAUGGAUGCUGAAGCUGAUGAGAUUUUCAAGUUUAUUUGGGUUACAGGGAUUUGUAACUAAUGAACCAGUCUUAAUAAAACAAACACUUGAAGUCUUUUGCUUCACAGCUGUGCAAAUAGUUCUAGAACUAGAUUUUGUAGGUGGGAACUGCUUGUUGCUCACAUUUGUUUAUCUGCUGAUAAAACUGCAGAGGACUGUAGGUUGCUUCUGAAUUCUUGCAGCAUCCAUUCAUAAUAGGUACUACUACUUUUGUAUUGCUCCACCUGGAACUAUAUGCCCUUAUUUUGAGUCAAAUUUGUGGUCUUCUGGUUUGCAAAAUGUUUUUGUGGCAUGUUGCACAGUAGAGGCAAUAUAAUAAAGGGGAUAUUAAGAAAGCUACUAUGUCAAGUGUGCAUACUGUGGAUAUUUCUAAGUGCCAGAAUAUUUCAGUAACUCUUUUGAAGCUUUUUUCCAUCAUCUUCCCUAUAUUUUUUUUCACACCUUGCUACCGUUUUGCUGGUUUUUAACAGAAUAACCAUGUACUUGAUCCAUUUAGUUGUGUUCUGCAUAUUGUAGUCUAUAGGAAGUUUAAGGGCAUAACAGUAGUUGCUAUUUACAGAAGGUGAGUUUAGUUUUGUUCAUUAACCUUUGUGUUCUUUGAAUUAAGGUACAUUAAUUCGUGUACUGAAAGUUGCAGUAGAACUCAUCGAAUAUUCAGAGCCUUGAUCUUGCAGCUGAGUCCACAAGAGGAGGCUGUUUGUCUUGUCUGGAGCUCUGCUGAUGUGUUUCAUAAGAGCUUGGGUACAGUCCAGCAGAUAAAUGGUUGAACUAAGUUUAUCUUCUGCCUGACAGGUUCAAAAGGUUCAUAAUUAACAAUUAACAGUUGUGUUAAUUACUGAGUAACAAAACCCCCAACUUCUGAGUUGAUGUGAUGUGCAAGUGGAUUUAAUUUAGGUAUUUUCUGGGUGUGUUAUCUGUGUAUAUGAAGAGACUGGUUUAAAACACAGCACUUGGAAAUGACAGUAGGGACCAGAGAAGUAAGUUAGCAUCCUGUAAUGCUGUUUGGUGUUAAUUUUGUGACUCAAACCCCAACCAAAUUCUGUAACUUACUUGUGAAUAUUUAUAAUGGCUUUACAUAUACUUAACAUUGUAGACUGAAGCUCACAGCAUUCAGAUUUCUUACCAAUGAAUCUUCAGGACUCUAAUUAAAUGUUUUAAUUACUCUCUUUAAAUAUAUGUGUUAGCAUAAGAAACAGUACUUGAUACCUGCCUAAACAGAAAACAUAUGAAGAUAACAUCUAUAUCAAACCUCAUGUACUUUUGAAGCCAUACUGCUUUCUUACUGACUGUAGUGUUUCAAAUCCUUUAAACUAUGCUACUUACACAACAGAUUAAAGUAGCUAAUACACUAA